GUCAAUUCUGUACCUGAACCAUGUAGGAUUAUUUCAUUUUACUAGAAACCACAGACAACACGUUCAACAGACUUAUUGUUGUACAAAAGGUUUCUCAAACACCAACUCGUGGAAGCGCUGUGGAGGGAGUUUUGAUCGUCUGGAUCGCUGCAUUGUUCACAGAAAUUAAAAAUCACCCUGAACAAUAACAGAAAGAACUCGUCUGCACCGGAUUCCAGGAAGAAGAGGGCCAGGAAGCUGAUGAUCCCCACUUUUAAGGUUGCGGUCUCAGAAGCAGCAAACAAUUUUCAGCACUAGGGGAGUGAACAAUUUCUCAAACGCGGUCGGUAGCUGAACAGUCUCAGCCAAUCCAAACAGCGGAGUCGGAAACCAUAGACGACACCUGCUCUCACAACCAGUUUCCAAGUACUAGCAGUAAGCAAUCGGGCAAAAGAGAUGGGGCACAAUGUAUUUGGUCUAUUUAUCUGGUUGUCCACUAUUGCACAUGUUAGUGGGUAUGGGAGUGGCUUGGUCACUGUAGCCUGCACUAGCAUGACCCCGAGACAUGGUACCACAUCACCUCAGACAUCUGAGGCACCGUACAGAGUAUCUGCGUCUACAUCCUCCUUUAGCCCUGGAGACCAAAUCACAGUCACACUGGCUGGAAAUUCCACUCAGUUCAAAGGGUUCCUCCUGCAGGCUCACUCAGAACCAGGAGGUGAUAUUGUGGGAACUUUCUCAGUGACAGGAACCAGUGCUCAGACCCUUACCUGUAAUGGGACCUCAGACUCAGCGGUCAGUCACACCAACCCAAGUGACAAGGACACAAUCUCUGUCAUGUGGACAGCUCCGGCCCAGUAUAGGAAUGUCCGAUUCAGAGCCACAUUUGUCCAGACAAGAGCUGUGUACUGGGUUGGUGUUCAGAGUCCGCUCCUCAUAGUUGUCAAUAGUUCAGCUACAACUGUUCCUACAAGUUUCACAUCUGUGAGUUCCUCAAACUCUUCACCCAGCACCCAAGAUGCCUCUACACCCAGCACCCAGGAGUCUUCUACAGCCAGCUCCUAUCCCACACUCCCGCCCACACCCAUCUCUGGAGCAUCCUGUGGUGUUCAGAAAGUUUGUUUCACAAGCCCCAGUGACUGUGACCCAUCCACCAAAAGUAGCUGCUUCUUCAUGUCCUCAGCACCGGCCAAUGGAGGUGGCUACUGGUUUGAGAUAAGUGGUCCGUCUAGUGGAUACGUGGCCAUUGGCUUCUCAGAUGACACAAUAAUGGGGAAUGAUGACAUUUACAUUUGUGGGAUGAAUUCUGCAGGAAAUGUCAGGAUUCAGCGCGCCUACUCGGUGGGAAGAUCCAGACCUCAAAUUGUAUCUCUGGGUGAUGCAGCGGUCAGUCUGAUCUCCUACAACAAUGGUGUCAUACAGUGCUCCUUCAUUACACGGAACAACAUCUCAACACAAAGCCCCCUCCGGUCUAGCAGUAAUCUAUACUAUGUAUUCAUUGCCCACGGAGAUGCCAGUGAUGGACAGAUAAGAUAUCAUGGAACCACUGGGACAUUCAUCAGUGAAAGCAAGAUAGACCCUUCAGUAGCCAGCAACGUGACAGGAGGAGCAUCUAAGACUCACAUCAUGAUAAAGGCUCACGGGGCACUAAUGUUGGUCGCUUGGAUGACCACAGGAAGUUUGGGAAUGAUCUGUGCUCGGUACCUCAAGGUCACAGCUAAGCAGCUGGUACUCGGCAAGGCUCUGUGGUUCCAGGCUCAUUUCCUGCUCAUGUUUCUGACAGUAGCUGCCACUAUAACCUCCUUUGUGCUGGCGUUUGUGAAGGCGAAUGGGUGGAGCUAUGGGGCCAACGCGCAUGCCAUCAUUGGCUGCAUUGUGAUGAUCCUGGCUUUCUUCCAACCUUUCAUUGCUUUCUUCCGACCUUCACCUCAGAACAGCAGGAGGUUUAUUUUCAAUUGGUUCCAUGGUCUCAAUGCCUUGGUGAUGAAAGUUUUAGCAGUGGCCAACUUGUUCCUGGGGCUCCAGUUUAUUGACAGUGCACUAGGCUGGUUGGUGAAGGUGAUGGGCGGCUUCGUGGGAUGGGAAGCUCUCACCUAUAUCAUCCUGGAGAUCAAUGGUCGUCUGAUGGAGAGAGACAUGAAGAAAAAUCUAGAUAUCAGUGAGAAGACGCAACGCCCGGUACGACAUGAAGUUUUUCUGCUGAUUAUCUACCUAUGUGGGAAUCUGACGUUCCUUGUGGCACUGCUUGUCGGUAUUGGAAGCUCAUAGGACUCAGCCGGCCGCAGAAGAUUGUUCAGCAUCCAUUUCCUUCAAGGCAAUGAAGCCCAUAUCUGAGCUGCCAGUGCACAGCCUCCAUUUUCGUGUCUGUUUUAUUGCUGAGCUGUCAGUUAAAUUAUAAACGUGCUGAGAGGCAUUAAAUCAUAAAUGACUUAUUGACGCUAACUAGACAGAAUUCAGCAUAUGGUAUUUACAAAUGAUUCUACUGAUUAGAGCAAUAUAAACAAAUUGUAUAUUCUUACCCUUAGACUUUUUUAAUAAAUCCAGAUUUUAAUGUUUGUUA